GACAGUUUCACCUCAGCGGGUUGCACAAACCUGGGGAUGUGACUCUGGGUGGGCUGUUCGAGGUCCACUACACCUCAGUCUUCCCUGAGUGGACGUUCACUUUGGAGCCAGCUCAACCCACCUGCACAGGCUUUGACACUCAAGGCUUCAGACAAGCCAUGACGAUGGUUUUUGCUAUCAACGAGAUCAACAAGAACUCUCAUCUGCUGCCGAACGUGACCUUAGGAUACAGUCUUUACGAUAACUGUGGUGCACUUGUUAUUGGAUUUCGUGCCGCUUUGGUGCUGGCCAGUGGUCAAGAGGAGCAGUUUAUACUUCAGGAGAACUGUAGUGGGACCCCUCCAGCCAUGGGGAUUGUGGGUGAUUCCUACUCAACUUUUUCUAUCGCCACCUCCAAUGUUCUCGGUUUAUUCAGGUUGCCCAUGGUAAGCCAUUUUGCCACAUGUUCCUGUCUGAGCGAUCGGAAACGGUUUCCGUCUUUCUUUAGGACGAUUCCAAGUGAUGCUUUCCAGGUGCGUGCUAUGAUUCAGAUUCUUAAACGCUUCGGGUGGAGCUGGGUAGGCCUUCUGGUCAGUGAUGACGACUACGGAGUCCAUGUUGCCCGAUCUUUUCAGUCCGACCUGACUAAAACCGGUGGAGGUUGUCUGGCCUAUUCCGAGGUGUUGCCUUGGGGCAACGAUCCAGAUGAACUCAGGAGGAUUGUGAAUGUGAUGAAGACAUCAACAGCUCGUGUGGUCAUGGUGUUUGCACCUGAAAUCCACAUUUAUCGGCUAAUGAAAGAGGUGGUGAGGCAGAAUGUGACAGGCCUGCAGUGGAUGGCCAGUGAAGCCUGGACAUCAGUGGAUGUUCUCCAGACGCCCGAAUUCAUGCCGUACCUGGGCGGCACACUGGGCAUUGCCAUCCGUCAUGGAGAAAUUGCAGGGUUCAAAGACUUCCUCUUAAGCAUACACCCAGACAAAUACCACAGCAACUACGGAAAUAGUAUAGUCAAUCAGUUCUGGGAAGAUAUAUUUCAGUGUAGAUUUGCCCCCCCUCCAUCAGGAUGGGUGGAAGCCGGUGGAGCACUGUGCACUGGACAGGAAGAUCUACAUGGUGUGGAGAGUGAGGUGUUUGAUGUUACACACCUCAGGCCUGAAUACAAUAUUUACAAAGCUGUGUACGCUCUGGCCUACGCCCUCGAUGACAUGCUGCGCUGUGUGCCAGGGAGAGGGCCUUUCAGCGGGCACAGCUGUGCUACUUUACAAACACUGGAGCCGUGGCAGAUGAUAUAUUAUCUGGACAGAGUAAACUUCACCACACCAGUUGGUGACCAAGUGUCAUUCGAUGUGAAUGGUGAUGCCUUGCCAAUAUACGAUGUCAUGAACUGGCUGUGGCACCCUGACGGAACCGCAAUGAUUCAACAUAUUGGUGAGGUUAAAGAGUCGGUCAAAGGCAACGAACUCACACUGAAUGAAGAGAAGAUUUUCUGGAACUUUGAACCCAGACAGCCACCCCGGUCAAUUUGCAGUGAGAGCUGUCCUCCAGGUACUCGCAUGGCCACAAAGACGGGGCAACCUGUGUGCUGUUUUGACUGUAUCCCUUGCUCUGAGGGAAUGAUCAGCAAUAACACAGACUCUAUGGAGUGCAUCAGUUGUCCAGAUGACUUCUGGUCGAACCCCAACCGAGACCACUGUGUUCCUAAGAAGACAGAGUUCCUCUCCUACGAAGAACCUCUGGGUAUCUGCUUGACAGCCGCCUCAUUACUGGGCACAUUCAUCUGUGCUAUUGUUCUAGGGAUAUUUAUCUACCAUCGCAGCACACCCAUGGUACGCGCCAACAAUUCUGAGCUGAGCUUCCUGCUCUUGGUGUCCCUGAAGUUGUGUUUUCUCUGCUCACUGCUGUUCAUUGGACGUCCCAGAGUGUGGACAUGCCAACUGAGACAUGCAGCAUUUGGGAUCAGCUUUGUUCUUUGUGUCUCAUGCAUCCUGGUCAAAACUAUGGUGGUACUGGCUGUGUUCAAGGCCUCUAAACCAGGAGGUGGAGCUAGUCUUAAGUGGUUUGGUGCUGUGCAGCAGAGAGGAAUAGUUAUGGUUCUUACUUCUAUUCAAGCAGCAAUCUGUACCACCUGGCUUGUAUCUUCCUCGCCAAUGCCUCAUAAAAACACCCAGUACUACAAAGAUAAGAUAGUUUAUGAGUGUGUAGUGGGGUCCACGAUAGGCUUUGCAGUUUUACUGGGCUACAUUGGCUUACUGGCCACCCUCAGCUUCCUAUUAGCAUUUCUAGCAAGGAAUCUUCCAGACAACUUCAAUGAGGCCAAACUCAUCACAUUCAGCAUGUUAAUCUUCUGUGCUGUGUGGGUGGCCUUUGUCCCACCUUAUGUCAGCUCACCAGGCAAAUAUGCAGACACAGUGGAGGUAUUUGCCAUCCUGGCCUCCAGUUUUGGUCUCUUGGUGGCACUGUUUGGGCCCAAAUGUUACAUAAUCCUGCUGAGACCAGAGAGGAACACGAAGAAAGCUGUCAUGAGCCGAGGAGCCACCAACACAUAAAACAGCACA